AUGUCAUCUGGAAGUGAGUUUGAAGAAUACGAAUACGACAGUGACAAAGAAGGGUGGUCAGAUGAAGAAGACGUUGACGAAGAGCUUGUCACAAUUGAAAACACUUUCUACGAAGCCGACGACAUCAAAAAGACAAAUCCAGAAGAUGCUUUAACAGGCUUUCUCAAAGUUCUUGAGCUUGAAGGCAACAGGCCUGAGUCAGAGCAGCAAUGGCGAUUCAAAGCUUUAAAAAAUGUUGUAGUUCUCGAGUGCACUCUAGGUUUUUAUGAGCCAAUGUGUUCUCACCUCGCAGAACUUAUCGGCCUGAUCGACACAGUGGCUAGCAACGACGCAACAGACGCUAUCAACUCCAUCAUCGACGUCUCUAGCAAAAUCACUGACCCAACCUACUCUAUGCGAGUCUUAAGUAUGAUUCUUGAAAAGCUCAAAGAAAGCGGAAAAUCUCGUCUUGUCUUCAACACUCAAACCAAGCUUGCAAAGCUCUAUCUCGAAAGAAAUGACGUCGAAAACGCAGAAAGCACUAUAUCAGAGCUAGUCAGUUCUUGCCAUCUGCCUAAUGGACAGGUUGAUAAUUCAAAGUCUCAGAGCUUAUUAGAAGCUUAUGCGCUGGAAAUUCAAUUAUGCACAGUUACUAAAAACUCGAAAAGGAUGAAAGAGAUUUUUAAGAAAACAGAAUCCCUCAAUGCUGAUGUGACUGAUCCUAGAAUUAUUGGAGUAAUCAGAGAAAGCGGCAGCAGGAUGUAUAUGAGUGAGAAAUCAUGGGAUAAAGCCCUUACUGAGCUUUUUGAAGCUUUUAAGUGUUAUCAAGAGGUAGGAAACCCUCGUGCGAAAACUAUUUUGAAAUAUGUCACGUUAGCCAGCAUUAUGGCGAACUCUAAUAUUAAUCCUUUCCACUCAUUGGAAGCUAAGGUAUAUAAAGAUGAUCCAGAAAUUAUUGCGAUGAUGAGGCUGAGGUCAGCUUAUGAGACAAAUGAUAUGGUUGAAGUCCAAAGAAUUUUAUUUGACAAAAGCAUAAAAUUGCUUGAUGAUUCUUAUAUUUCUCAAUAUAUGGAUGAUUUCUUGAGAGGAGUUAGAUUAAGCGUUCUGCAAGCUAAAAUCAAGCCAUAUAAAGCAGUCAGAGUUGGUUUUCUGGCACAGGAGUUGCAGAUUUCGCCGGAUAGUGUGUUUAGCUUGCUUAUUGAACUGAUUAUGGAUGGGAAAAUUGAUGCAAAAAUUGAUCAGGUUGAUGGAAUUGUAGAACUUACCUCUGCAAUAAGUGACGCAACAACUAGAAGAGAAGAGGCGUUCAAGAAAUGGACGAGAAAUCUUCGAUCAAUCAACUCAACUUUAAUAGAAAAAGUAAGAGGUUAA